ACUUGCUUGGUAUAAUCAAAGAGUACAACAUAUUAAAUCAUUUAUUACUCUGUUUAAAAUAUUUAUACAUAUAUAGAUAAUAGAAAAAUGAAGACAAGUGUUUUUUCUGUUUUUGAAGAUGGAUGAAAUAAAUCUGAUGAUAAUCUAUGGAACUAAUUCUACUUGCCCAUAUUUUUUUUUAAUCAGCUAUAAAUUAAAUUAAUAUAUAUUGAAUUCAUCCUCUUGAAUCAUAUAUAUUUUUCAUGUAUAUAUUAUGUCUAAAAAAAUAUGCAUCAACUAAUUUCUUUUUACAAGUGCAUCAAUUUCCUUAGGCAUAUAGAUUAAAACAUAUUGCUUUAGGUAAUUUUAAUUGAACAUCAUUCACAACAUUGCAGAAUAUAUGAAAAUUUACAGAAUUAUAUGUAUUUUUAUAUAUAUGUAAAUAUGAGAUAUGAAAAUAAUACUAAGUAUAUAUAUUGCAUUGAGAUCCUAUUAUUUGAUUUAUUUAUUGGUAUUAAGUUAUGUCUUCCAACUUCCUCAGAAAAAUAAAAGGCAUGCAUGGGUUUUUUCUUUCCAAACAAAUCUUAAUAGAGAAUUAAUUAGGAAGACAUGUGUCAAUUUUUGAUUAUUGGGACAGGCAAUGGGACAUUCAAUUGGGACAGAGGAUUUCAGUCCAGAAUAAAUAUGUGUUUUCAAUGUUUUGAGAAGAGUGCCACUCUUAAUUUUUUAUUAAAACUUUUUAGUUAAUUUUUGUAUCUGAAAAUAUAUGUCGAAAUAUUUUUUUUCAAAUUUUUUUAUGGCAGUGUUCGUUUUACUUUCAAUAUCAUCCUUGUAAAUUUUUUGAAAAUUUUCAAAUAGUUUAGAGUGUUAAAAAUACGUCUGAAAUUUUUCGAACGCUCAUGGUAAAUUGAAAUAUCAUGAAUUCUAUUUUUAAUAUUGCAAACUAUUUAGAAUUUUUUAAAAUUUAUAAGAAUGAUAUUGUAACCAUGACAAAUACCAUUAUAAAAAAAAAUAUUUCGACGUGUGAUUUCAGACAUAAAAAUUGAUUAAAAAAUUGUAAUAAAAAAUUGUAAUUAGGACUUCUCAUGUAAUUAAGUCAAUAAUCCUUUUUUUUAAUCUUUUUAUAACUUAUUUACAAUAGGAAGAUUAGGACUAGAUUCACAUUUAAAUAAAUUAUGUAUUUUAUUUUGUUUGAGCAUUGAAAUUAUUGAGUGUAUUAGUCUAUAAAAUCAAUGAAAGAAAUAUGAAUAAUCUUUUUUAUCACAAAGGCAAUAAAAACACAAUCCUACCUUAAUAUUUAUUGUACUCUUUUAAUUUUUUGGAUAUUAAAUGGUAGAACAUCAUUACUAGGCUCCUAAAAGUUUCCGAAAUCUACACUUUAUUAGCUAAUAAUAUUAUAGGGAUAUGAUUUUGUCCCGUAAUGUACAUUCACGGAAUGUGUUCCGUGGUACAUUAGAUGAGUCUCAGGGUACAUUAAAUUAGUGUCACGGUACGUUUCUACUUUUUAACCCUAAUUAUCCCUAGAUCAAUUUCAGCCGUCAGAUCAAAUAACUCCUUUAUUGACGACUGCCUUACAUCACGAAUUACAAUUCGUGAAAGUACAAUAACGGAACAAAAUCAUAUCCCAUAUAUAUAUAAUACAUCAUCAAAUUAAAUCUUUUAAUGCCAAUUUUAUAUUUUUUUCUUAGUAUUAACGUGUUUUUGUAAUUUUUUUUAUUUAUUAUGUAAUUUUUUCUAUUAAUAAUAAUAUUAUUACUAUUGUUAAACCAUAUUGUCCCAAAUUACUGCAAGAAGAAGAAACAAAAGCUCUCUAAUUAUUUUCAAAAAAGAAAAAAGCCUCUCUACUUAUUUUAUUUCAUUUCUACCAAACUCAAAUACCCUUUUUCUUCAUUCUUCAAAUUUCAUGCCAUCACGUUAUAGUAUGACAUACCACUAACUAUGAUGUAUGUAUAUCUAUGUAUGUAUAUGUAUGUAACUCUUAUUAACUCUCCCAAAAAGAAAAACAGAACAUGGCUUCAACAUAUCUUGCCUUCUACUUCACCACUAUCUUUGCUUCCUUCCUCCAUUAAUACCUGAAAAAUAAAAAACACAAAGCUCAUCAAUCAUGGGUAGUAGUAACAAUUGGCUCAAAAGAAUUAGAAGAAAUUUUGUGAAAGGGUCAUCAAAAUCUCCUAGGAACAUCAUUGUUGUUUACUCCAACAACAACAACAUUUCAAAGUCCAACACAUCCCAUGAAGAAACUACUCAACUUGUCUCGUCAACUCUAACAAGACACGAUUUGGCUGUCAUCAAAAUCCAAGCACAUUUCCGAGGCCAUCUUGCAAGACGAGCAUUUCGAGCCCUGAGGAGCCUUGUCAAGUUACAAGCCAUGGUUCGAGGAGGGCAAGUUAGGAAACAGUCGCGCAUAGCUAUGCAUUGUAUGCAAGCUUUAGUCAGGCUGCAGGUCAGAGUUCGCGCUCGCCAGCUCCUUGGCGGGGAUACCAACAACAACAACAACAACAACAACUGGUUAACCUUGCAAACACACCUUUUCUAGACCAUAUUUACAAGUUGGAUUCCCUUUUGUAAAAGAAAAAUGUAAGAAAAAAACAGUGAUAAAAUAACAUAAAAAUCAAUUUUUCCAUGUUUGAUAUAAAAAAUUUGUUGAUUGAACUUUCUUUCCAUACCAAACAUGAAAAAAUGAUUUGUUUUUUUUUAUGUCCUAUAGUGUUUAAUUGUUUAUUUGUUGGUGUUGUAAUUCC